UCGCGAGCGUUGUGUCGACCAUCUCUAUUGUUCGUUGUGUAGCUACAUCGCCGUUGAAGUCCGAGGCGGUCGUCGCUCACAAGCGGCAAUGAGCAAUGCUGGAACGAUAGUGUUGCGCCUGGCCAAGAGAGGCCUCCAACAAUCGACAUGUCUACGACCUCGAGGGAAUAAUAUCGGACUGCGUUGCCUUCAUUCUUCUUUGUUUGAUACCCCUGCCUCCUCGAAAAGCUCUCUUCUAGCCCAUGCGUCUCCUCGGUGUCCUCAAUAUAGUCAGCAAAGGUGUUUCAGUCGGUCUACCCGGUGCAACUUUUGGCCCUCACCCGCUGCGCAGAUCCUCAAAGCGUAUGGCUCCGGCAAGAAGCCAGAGCAAGGACUACGGUUCCAGGAUGGAGAACUCGACUCCCAGGAACUCACCGACAUAUUCGGGCGACGCGGACCUCCCCCUCCGAUAGCCAACUAUCUCUUGCGAAUCCUGCACGGCCGUCGGUAUGAUGGAACGCUUGAUCUCCCACUCCCUGAAGAUCUGGAGCUGGAGUUGUCGAAAUAUCCCCGUGCUUUCGAAGAAGGGCUGAACUGGCUCAGACAAGCAUAUCCGAUAGAUGAAGAUGAAGCCAUCCUGGCUCGAAUCGAGCGGGAAGAGCACGCCCUUGAACGGGAUAAUCCAUCAGAACUGUUACAGAGAGGACAAGAUCUCAGGUUCUACAGAGGUCCGCAGAGCGGUCACUACCAGGCAAAAUUGUCUGAAAAAGAAGGAGACGUGUAUGGCGUCAGUGAACUCGAGAGACUUCGAGCGCAGAACGAGGCCAAGUUCCAAAAGGAGGAGGAGGAACUACAGGCCCAGAUUGACGAGCGCAUGACCAAAGUCCAAGAAGAGCAGACGAAUGCAGUUGCCCAGCGUCCUGAACAAGGGCUAGAGUCAGCAAAGGAAGUACGACCGCCAAACUCGUUUGAGAAGUGGGUUUUGAAAGCUCAGAAUCGAGCGCAAUCCAAGUUGACGCUUGAGUCCCCUGAAGUGGCUCAACAGUCUGCGGGUCGGCGACUGCUCCCAUCGCUGCUCCUGACCUCCCUCGUGGCUGGGGGUUGUUUCCUCUACACACAGUACUGGCACAGACCCAAGCAAUCCGAGCGUUUUUUCCCCGACCUGUCGCUUUCCGUCGCGACGAUUGGUGCAUUGUUGGCUGUCAAUCUUGCCGUGUUCUUUGCCUGGAGAAUGCCGCCGUUCUGGUCCUCUCUGAACAAGUACUUCAUCAUUGUUCCGGCAUAUCCUUAUGCCUUCAGUAUGUUGGGAAGUCUUGUAAGCCACCAGAAACUUGGUCAUCUUUUGGCCAACAUGAUCCCUCUGGUCAUUUUCGGUCUUCCUUUGCAUGAGGAAGUUGGACGAGCUACUUUCCUUGCCAUGUUCUUGUCUUCCGGUAUCCUCGGGAGCUUUGGCAGUUUGGCCCGACACACCUUUUCGAAGGUGUUUGUCACCACAACGCUAGGGGCCAGUGGCUGUGUUUACGGAGUCGUCUCAGCCUACUUGUGGCUUCACCAAGACGACCGGUUUUCCAUCAUGUUCCUUCCAAAAGACCUUGCGGAGCAGCUUUCAUUCGACGGGAGAAGCUUGUUGAUAGCCCUCGGUGCAUUACAAGUCUUCGGUAGCCUUCGGCCGGUCAAGAAAAUCGACUAUUUCGAUCAUCUUGUGGGAAUGGCUGUAGGAGCGGUCUCAGCGUGGUGGUGGCAGAGUAAUAAGGAAAAGAAUGGUGGCUUUCCGAAGAAGUUUCAGAACUGGUGGAAGGUGACCUUUUCAGGAUCAAAAUAAGCCAUGUAUGACAGAGAUAAUCCUCGUAUACCUCAUGUAGACUUAGCAUUAUAUAUUGUAUACUUCUAUUGUG